CGAAGACGACUUCGAUCGUGCCCAUACUUCAAAUCUAGAGUUGUAUAAGUCAGCAAAAACCGCAAUCGAAUCAUCAAAGGAAGUAUGUCAUUAUGCGUUCAAAAGCUCAUUUACAGACCAUAUAAACACCCAUACAAAAGAAGUCGAGCUAUCCGUAUUUGGCACCUUAACUGAAAAUCAACCAGUGCAAUACCAUUCAAGAAAACAACCCUUGUUUCCUAGUGAAAUACAAGAAAAAUCAUUAAGAACCAGACCUGGAAGUUCUUCAGCAAGUUCUAUCGUUGAAGGAGCUUCUAAUUCCCUAUCAGUUAACAUCACCAAAGUUGCACCCCAUUUUCGAUUUAACUAUCGAACAAUAACUUCUAAAACAAAAUUGAGAAUCAUUUCACAAGGUAUCUUAUGUGGAGUUGAACCAGAAUCACAUUUAUAUAAGCUCAAACAACUAGACAUUUUACAACGGAAAAAGCAGAAACUCAACAAGAUUGUUAUCAUCGGAAUUCAUAGUUUCCUUCCUACAAAAAUGGUGAGAUCCCUCAUAGGUCAAAAUACAGGAAAUUCAAUUAAGUUUGUCAAUCAUGCCUCGACUGCAAUGUUGAAAUGGUUAAGUGAAGAUUGCGGUGCAUCUUUUAAUAUAGAUGAUUAUAGUAUAGAAACCAUUGCCCUUGAAGGUGCAGGGAAAGUUAAUGACAGAGUUGAGGUAUUAAGUAAACUACUUGAGAAUUGGUGGGAUAUUUUAGAGCAAGCAGAUGUAAUAUUUAUGGUUGGUCAUGGUUGUUCAACUGCGGUUGCAAUCAACUUAUUUGCUAAGUUAUUGAGAGAUCACCUGCAUUGGCAUAGAAAGAAGUUAGGGUUGUUGAAUAUGAGUGGAAUUAAUUUGGGUCCAUUUGCAGGGUUGGACUCCAAAAUUGUAAUUCGAGCAUUUUCACAGCUUGAGAAUGAAAUUAUUAAAGAAAUAUUCGACUAUCAAAAGCAGACCUCAGCCCUUUCUUUAAAAUUGAACGAAUCUUUGCGAGUGUUGAUGGAAUAUAAUGUCAAGGUUACAUUUACUGGAGUGCCAUCUGAUCAAUUUGUACCAUUGAGUUCAUCAUUAGCUGUACAUUAUCAACAUCCCAAUAUUCAUAGGAACUUGUUUCAACCUCAAGAAACACAUUCAGAAAUGCUUGCUCCAUCCAACCCUGCUACAUCUGAUUUAUCCACCAAUCCAUUCAUAACCAAUCUCCUUCUUGUCAUAUGCACGAUGAAAAAUUUGGGUCAUGAUAGUGACUAUAAUCUCAUCCGAGAAUUAAGCGAUCGAAUGGUGAAUGAAGGAGGUGUCAAUAAGGGUCAUUGCAAAAUAUUUGAUGAAGAACAGGUAUAUCUUGAAGCAAUUAGACAUACUCUUGAAAGUAGCAGUUUAAUUCACUCACACGAAUUAAGAAUAAAAUAUUUGAAACCAUUAGAUGGAACUUCAAGUUUUUAUAACUUACUUCCUUGGAAUAUUCGGAGUUUAUUCCAGGAUUUGGUUAAUAUUCGUCAUAUAAGAAGUUUGGAAUUGAUCAGAGAACUUUUGGAUAGAUUUCAAAGUUGGAAUCCAAGCAAUAAGCAAUGGAAAGAGUUUAAGUAUUGUUUGGAUGUUUUGAAUGAGUUUGAAGUUCAAGAUUUGUUUCUUUAGGAGAGCAUAUACAAUUUUAAUAAAGGUUUAUAACAAAAUUUACCCAUACAUAGAGAUGCUACCUAACAAAUAGGCUGCACGUUUUGUCUUGCCGUAUUACAAUCCAAUGAUCUUUGACCGAGUAAAAGGUAUGCAUGUUUGACUCCUUUUUUACACAUUCGUAAGGCAUCUUGUGGUUGCGGAACAAACACAACAAGUAUCCUCUUACGUCAGAAAUAUAUGUUCAAAUGCCCUACUAAAGAUAUGCCGUGGAGGGCACUGAUAUACGGAUCAAUGCCUUUUUGUGUUAUCUUCAGCGUGUGUAUCUAGCAUACAUAGUUUAGAUUUCUCUAUAUCACGUGUUGAUUCGUAUCUUGCAACCAAGGCAAAAAAAAAAAGCAACAAGAUCCAAAUUGUUGAUCCUCAUCGGAAAGGCGGUGGGUUUUCCGUGGAGCGCAAUAUUUCAUUUGUUUACCUACAUGGUAUCGGCAUUCUGGGAUCAUCGCAUAAAGGUCGCCUUAGCUGCUGCAAGUAUCACGAGCAUCUGACCGUAUAUAUUGGAUACGAAUGAUAAAGGGGGGGGACACCCACCUUCAAAAAUCGAUGACAUUUUGCAGUGACAGGAAGUU